UUUCACCACCAAAGUUGUACUGUUUAUGUGCAUUAUAGACUCGAAACAAUAUCCUAACUAAGGCUGGUCCAGUUUAUGAUAUACUUCAAGUAUUUUGUUUAAAUAAACGUAAACGGCACAGGCAUACUGUUCAACCUUUAAUAACUGAACUAGACUGUGUAGGCAGUACGACAGAUCGUGUGAAAUUCUACAGAUAACGGGAGGAACUUUCCCGAUGGAUCGUGAUGGAUAGCAAUCCAAGUGGGCUUGGCAUGAGCUGACUGAGGACUUGGUGUUUGCUUGCUAAUUGCUGUAGAACUUAUGAGAUUAUAUUAUUAUAAUAUGUGCCUGGCACAGAGUCAUUGAUCAUUAAACUAAGCUUUACCCCUAGCAGCUCAUCGUUAACGCAGCAUGGGCGAACGAGAGAGUGUAGAAGAUUCAGAUGCAACUUCAAGCAUUCGAAAUUUCUCUAGGAAACGUCGUGUAAUAAUUUUUGGUGAUACUAGAGUUGGAAAAACAGCUUUGCUCAACAAUCUCAUGGGGUUACCGGAUUGUUGUGACACUGUUCCGACUGAUGGCGUUAACACGACGUUCUGCGAGGUGACAAGUAAAUGUUCAACGUGGAGUCUUCAAAAACAGCACUUUGGUAAAUUUAAACCAUAUGAGACAUGUAUACCGCCACCAACGGUUAUUGCUCAAUGUUCACGAUUAAUAGCUAAAGAUUUUUUAAAGGAUUCUCUCGACUUUUAUACAUCUGUAUGUGUUAUACCAUUUUAUAUAUGGAUUGGAUUACUGAAUAUUGGAAUCGGGGCCUUGUUUUUAGCGGUGUUAUUCACGUUUCAGCUAUUCGUGUUUAUUUUAAGACGUAAGCAUUCCUUUCAAUCGAUUCCUCGAAUUCUUGACGCUACACUGUUUCUAACGUUUGUAAAUAUUUUACUGUCAUCAAAAGAUGUAGAAGUGCAUGAGGUUGCUAAACUGGAUCGUCUCUUUGUUCCCAGAUUAAUCGUUUUAACUAUAAUAUGUAUCGUUGUGGCCCAGUUUCAGUGUAGAUUUGGAAUCACGUUGGCUCUAAGUUUUUUCCAAUUUUCACAGACACGUCACAGUGAGUUUAUGGACGUUUCAUGUUAUAAAAGUGGAUUGCGAUUCAUUACCAGUAGCAUUUGUAUAUGUGUGUUCAUAUUUAUUAUUCGAUGGAGAACUUUCAAUCUAAAAAUUAGCACAGCCACUGUUGCCAUGUGUUUAGUCCUUCUGACAUUAAUUUCGUAUUUUGAAUUACUUGCAUAUCCAUUAAUUUUCUUCUUGGCAAGCAUUUCUGUCACAUUCACGACCAUUUUGACUAUUCACAUUGCAAGAUGCUGUGGAGCAAAGUCGUACUCGGAGGUUUCAGCCAUUAGGCCUAAAUUUCAGUGCAUUGGAAUUGUCAUUGGUGUCAUUACAGCGUACGUAUUUGGUUUGGGAAACAUUGUACCUAGAUGUUACCACUCAUGUAUUGAAAUCAGUUUCAAUGUUGUAAUGGUUAUAGUUCAUUAUUGUAGUAUUGACUGGUCUAUAAUUGAUAGGCCUGAUCCAGAUAUUCCCCCCAAAGUUGAGCGAACUAUUGAUUCAUUUCAGUUGACGGUUUUCGAAUUUUCUAACGAAGUUCAAUUUGGAAACUUAUUCCAUGACUUCAUUACCCGGGGUGAUGUGUACAUGCUUGUGUUUAAAUUAAAUCGUGAUGUUCAACUCGAAAAACAGUGCCAAAUAUUAUUGAAACGUUUACGUGCCUACAAAAUAAAGGGGCAGAAUUGCCGGCAAAAGUCGCUCUUGCUCGUGGGAACGCAUAAGGUAGAGGUUACUCAGUGUUACAUGGAUUCGCUCUCUAAACUCUUAAGGGAUCAGAUUGACUCAAGCGAAUGGAAUGUUAUGGCUGGUAGAAACACUGUGGAGCAGAUACUAUAUGCUGUAGACAACACCGACAUGCAAAGUAUGCAAUUCGACGAUAUUAGACGUGGGUUAUGGGCACGAUUAAUAUCACAAAAACACAAACAGAACGUCUCAAUGAUGUAUACCAAUGUACGCGGGGAGUCUGUGCAAUUAUGUGAAGGGAAAGUUAACAUUCUCCAAGAGAAUGGAAGUCAAUCCAGUUCAGAAGUCGAUGUUGGUGAUCUUCUGAAUACUGUUGUUUGCCUAUUUACUGACACAUACGUUUCUAAAAGUGAAGACUUAGGUACGUGGAUGGUAGGCAAAGACAGGCUUCAAAGCAUCUGUGAUUUGGCGCCCAACUUGCUUAAGACUUUGCAAGAUAUUGACUUGAUCGUUUACAAGCCGACUGAGGAACUUUAUUUGGUACCGUCACUUCUACCAGCUUAUUCCCGCAACAUCAACGAGAUCUGGUGCCGUGCAGAUGGAGACGCUGAAUUUUACCUUGCUUUUGGCCGCGUAUUUCACCGAGCAGUACUGCAUCUCCUUGUACUUUAUUUUGUCGAAACGAUGAACAUAACUUCGAAUAAGCCUGUUGUUUUUAGCAACAUUGCACUUCUUUGCGUUGAAGACAUUAAUUUUUUAUUGGAAAUGAUCACAAUCCCAGAUAAGAACCAGCAUUUUAUCCGUAUUUCGAUACGCGAUUCAUCUAAAAAUCCUCUUUAUCUGAACAUCUUGCAUUUGAUUUUGAACCGUCUCAAGUUGAUAUGCAGGCACAUAUUUCCAGAUUUAGAUUACAGUUGUGGAAUCGCGUGUCCAAAAUCUGGUAGUGACUUUCAUCUACUACCAAUAGCGUCACGUGAUCAACAGUUAUCGUCAGACACUGAUUUGACGAUCCACCGCGAGUGCUGCGACAGGAUCCAUAUAUGGUUGCCAAAGCGCAACAGGGUAACCACCUAUUUGGAUGCGAGAAAGUUGACGUUCAGGGACUGGCCACAAGCGGUAGUAACAUUAGUUUGCAAUGCUCUAAAUAAGUACAGCGCGACUGGCAGUAACUGGCUCGGUCUAGCGGGAAAACUCGAUUUUACUGUGGAUUUUGUCGAGAAUAUUGAAGACGAGAAGAAUAAAACACUGGCGGUGUUACAUCAUUGGGUCUAUACGUCAAUGACUCCACCACUGCUGAGUGACCUGAUUGAUGUAUUACAGUCUAUGGAGCGAAGAGAUAUUGUUGCAGAUAUCAACUCGUAUUUGCGUUCAAAUAGUGAAUAAAAAGCAAUAUUUACGCAUAGAUAAAACUGUUUUUUAUAGUGUGUAUGAUGAGAUUAUAGAAAUGUUAUGAGAGGUUUGAUGAGUCUUGUUGUUUUUGGGUGUGAGGGUUGUUAAAUAUUGUUGUUUUUUGUUAUGAGGGACUUGGUGAGUAGUCUUGUUUUUGGUUGUGAGAGGCUGGUGAGUGGUGUUGUUUUUGGUUGUCAGAGGCUAGUGAGUCUUGUUUUUUCGUUGUGAGAAGCUUAGUGAGUCUGGUUGUUUCUGUUUCAGAGAGGCAUGGUGAGUUGACUUUGUUGUGAAAAGCUUGAAUUUAGUCAUUUUGGGUUUUGAGAGGGAUAUAGAGAGGUAAAAAGGGUAGAGUUGUGUUUAAUUGUAAGAAAAAUAUUGAUAUAUUUUGACUAGCAUUAAACCAUGAUUAUAAGUUUGGAAGGUGAGCUAAAAAAAAAAAAAAAUCAAAACAAAUGUUUUGCUAAAUGGAGAAUAAACAAGCAUGAUAAAUUCAUACAAAAUUUACAAUAAUGGUACAAUAAACAACCCGAAGUUUGUCGAGGAACAUCAAAACCUAAAUAGACUUAUCUCUGUAGACCCUCAUAACAAGAUACUUUUAAAACGUCACGCAGAUUCCCAAAUUUCAGUAAUAAACAUAAAAUACAAGUUAGACUACUUAAUGUUUUUCAAUUCAUGAUAUUGCGUUUCCUUUACAAUGUUCCUUGAGUUUCCUGCCUAUUCCAUGCCAAAUAUAUACAUUUUUAUUAGGCCUAUUUAUUUAAAAAGUGCAUAAAAUAAUAAUUGAAAUUAAUAGUAAUAUUACUAAGUCCUUGAGUAAGUAAUUCAUUUGGUGUGUGUGAUAUUUUUAAUUAUUACUUCCCUUGCCACUUGAUGCAACUGUCAAAUCUUUGUGGGACAACUUCUAGCUCUGUUCUGGUUAUCCUGUUGUUAAGUUCUUUUUCAUACGAAAUGAAAAAAGGUUAUGUCU